CAAGCAUUUUUGAUGGGAUUGUAGCUAUAUUAUCAGUCGGAUAACGUAGCUCGAGCUAGAAUUGCAUCAGGGAGACAACAUGGUAAGUACAAAAGACAAGUUUGAUAUGCACACGACAUUGACAUAACUGCAUUCAUUACACUCUCGCUCAGGUACGACACUCAAAGAACAAUACUGCCUCUUCCACAUUCACAAAAGCAGAAUAUGGUAAGCUACGUGAUGUCUGGGGAAGCAAGCAAGCUCGAUUGGGCUCAGAGUCUAUGCGAAGUUUCGAUCAAUGCGGCUUAUGUUUGAAUACGGCUGUAAACCCUUGCUUAUGCUCCAAAGGUCAUCUCUUUUGCAGAGAAUGCAUGAUUACUUCUUUAUUGGAUCAGAAGCGAGAAAUGUUCAAUGUUCAAGCAUCACUGGAUAGAUUGGAAAAGGAGUUUGAGCAAGAAAGGAUUAAAGCUCGGGAAAAGGCCUUGGCUCACGUUCAGAACAAUUUCGAACAAGUAGAUUCGGGAAUUGGCAGACUCAGAGAUCGUUCGGACAGACGUAGCAGAAGUCCCGAGAGAAGGGAUGACACCUCAAAGCGAGAUCGAUCACGCUCAGGAAUCGGAUCAAGCUCGCUAAGUGAUUUACCUGCCCGAAUAGCGGCACAAGCAGAAAGGAGACUAGAGGAGACUAUGGAACGAUUAGCAGAAGAACGAACACAAGCGAAAAGGGCCAAAAUUCCAGCCUACUGGCUUCCAAGCUUGACGCCAUCCGCAGAGACGAGUAAGGAAGAGAUUGUGAAACGUACAGAAGAAGCUCUAAGGAAAGGUCUGGAAACUAAAUGCUACAUUGGAGACAAGUUCGGACAUGUGGUUACGAGUAAGUCAUUGGUGGAUGUCCACUUUGUCAUUGAAACCAUACCAAAAGGAGAGCAAGGUGAUCGUUCGGAUAAAGAGCGUAAGAUUUGUCCGAGUUGCAAAAAGACAUUGAGCAAUGUGAACAAACUUUUUGCCAUUAGAAAGUGCGGUCAUAUACACUGUUCAACAUGCAUCGACACUCUCAUUCGACCGGCAUUGAAAGAGGCAGAAAAGGAUAAGAAGCUAAGGCCGACGUGCCUGGAGUGUGAUGCGCCGAUCAAAAGCGAUCAUAAAGACAUCUUACCACUUCAACGUGAAGGUACUGGCUUCACUUCAGCGGGAAAUAACGAAGCCAAAACAAUGGGCGUAUCAUUCCAAGGUUAAAGACGGGAAUUGUGAUGCCAUACUUGUAUUUUAGCGUUGUAACAUAUAUCGAUGUACACUAUAUUACUUUAUUCUUGAU